AUGUUGGCUUCGCGUUUGUCGAGAGCUCUGCCCCGAGCUUCCCCCAUCGUCGCUCGCUCGGCUGCCUUCGCCCGAUCCCCUCUCGCCUCCAAGUUCGCUCGCUAUGAGUCGACUUCCUCUGAGGGCAAGGUCCAGGGCGCCGUGAUCGGUAUCGAUCUCGGUACCACCAACUCGGCUGUCGCCAUCAUGGAGGGCAAGGUCCCUCGCAUCAUUGAGAACUCGGAAGGUGCCCGAACUACCCCCUCAGUUGUCGCUUUCGCCGAGGAUGGCGAGCGACUUGUCGGUGUCGCUGCCAAGCGUCAGGCCGUCGUCAACCCAGAGAACACCCUCUUCGCUACCAAGCGAUUAAUAGGCCGAAAGUUCAGCGAUGCUGAGGUGCAGCGCGACAUCAAGGAGGUCCCCUAUAAGAUCAUCCAGCACAGCAACGGCGAUGCCUGGGUCUCUGCCCGGGGCAAGAACUACUCCCCCUCCCAGAUCGGUGGCUUCGUCCUCAACAAGAUGAAGGAGACCGCCGAGGCCUACCUCUCUAAGCCCAUCAAGAACGCUGUCGUCACUGUCCCUGCCUACUUCAACGACUCUCAGCGUCAGAGCACCAAGGAUGCCGGUCAGAUCGCCGGUCUCAACGUCCUCCGUGUCGUCAACGAGCCCACUGCUGCUGCCCUCGCCUACGGUCUUGAGAAGGAGACCGACAGCGUCGUCGCUGUCUACGAUCUUGGUGGUGGUACCUUCGAUAUCUCCAUCCUCGAGAUCCAGAACGGUGUCUUCGAGGUCAAGUCCACCAACGGUGACACCCACCUUGGUGGUGAGGAUUUCGAUAUCCACCUCGUCCGCCACAUGGUCCAGGACUUCAAGAAGACUUCCGGCCUUGACCUGUCCAGCGACCGCAUGGCUAUCCAGCGUAUCCGUGAGGCCGCUGAGAAGGCCAAGAUCGAGCUUUCCUCCUCUCUCUCCACCGACAUCAACCUUCCUUUCAUCACUGCUGAUGCCUCCGGCCCCAAGCACAUCAACAUGAAGCUCACCCGAGCUCAGCUUGAGAAGAUGGUUGACCCUCUCAUCAGCCGCACCAUUGAGCCUGUCCGCAAGGCCCUCAAGGAUGCCGGCCUCCAGGCCAAGGAGAUCCAGGAGGUUAUCCUCGUUGGUGGUAUGACCCGUAUGCCCAAGGUCGGCGAGUCCGUCAAGAGCAUCUUCGGCCGUGACCCCGCCAAGUCCGUCAACCCUGACGAGGCUGUCGCCAUCGGUGCCGCUAUUCAGGGUGCUGUUCUGUCUGGUGAGGUCAAGGAUCUCCUCCUCCUUGACGUCACUCCUCUGUCCCUCGGUAUCGAGACCCUGGGUGGUGUCUUCACCCGUCUGAUCAACCGCAACACCACCAUCCCCACCAAGAAGUCCCAGGUCUUCUCCACUGCGGCUGACUUCCAGACCGCUGUCGAGAUCAAGGUCUACCAGGGUGAGCGUGAGCUCGUCAAGGACAACAAGCUUCUCGGAAACUUCCAGCUUGUCGGUAUCCCCCCUGCCCACCGUGGUGUUCCUCAGGUCGAGGUCACCUUCGACAUUGACGCCGACUCUAUUGUCCACGUCCACGCCAAGGACAAGUCCACCAACAAGGACCAGUCCAUCACCAUCGCCUCUGGCUCCGGUCUCUCCGACAGCGAGAUCCAGCAGAUGGUUGAGGACUCCGAGAAGUACGCCGAGGCUGACAAGGAGCGCAAGGGUGCCAUUGAGGCUGCCAACCGUGCCGACAGCGUCCUGAACGACACUGAGCGUGCUCUCAACGAGUACGCCGACAAGCUCGACAAGACUGAGGCCGACUCCAUCAAGGAGAAGGUCACCACUCUCCGCGAGUUCGUUGCCAAGAACCUCUCUGGCGAGGGUACUGCCACCGCUGCUGAGAUCAAGGAGAAGGUCGACGAGCUCCAGGUCGCCUCCCUCAACCUCUUCGACAAGAUGCACAAGGCCCGCAACGAGAGCAGCGAGCAGUCCUCUGGCGAGCAGCAGCAGUCUCAGGAGGGUGAGAAGAAGGACGAGAACAAGCCCUAA